AUGAUUUGGAUUUCAUUAAUUAGCUGUUUGCUUACAUUGUCGAGUUCAGCUUAUGGACGUUCUACAUAUGGUUUCUAUUCUUCUGUACCACAUAGUCAAACUUCAAACUUAAUGGGAAUGUCUGAUUCAACUAUGCAACAAAAACCUUUAAUGGCUCGACCUUCAUUUCAAAGUCAAGUUCCUAUGCCAAAUGUUUACAGACUACAACCAACACCAAAAACUACCGAUAUGUCAUCAAGUUGGAUGCAAAACGUUCAAGAAAGUACUUCAAAGACUCCAAUGGACUAUGGUGUUCCACAAAAACAAGAAACAUUUACACAAACUGAACAAACUGUUGUUACUUCACCAUCAUUCGGUACACAACAACAAAAAGUUCAAAGAGUACAAAUGCAGACAGAAGCUGACAUGCUCUGUCGUGGUCGACGUCGAGAAACUGUUAUUCCAUUAGAAGAUAAACGUCGAUUUGUUGUCUGUAUUGAUAAUAGCAAAGGUUUUGAACAACGUUGUCCAAAAGGUCUUUAUUAUUAUCCUGAAUCACGUCGAUGUGAACGUAAAUUUCGAGGAUUAGAAAAUCCAUGUGCUCAAAAACCAUGUCUAAAUAAUGGUCAAUGUGCUCCAGUUGAUGUAACAUCAUAUAAAUGUCAAUGUCCAGCAGGUUUUGAUGGUAGAAAUUGUGAAUUAGAUGCUCGUGUUUGUCAAACUCAACAACCAUGUGGACAAUCAACAGACAGACGAUGUCAAUCAUUUCGUUUGGGUGCUGCUCUUCCAUAUAUGUGUAUUUUUCAAGAUGGUCUUGCUUAUGGUCUUAAUGCUCAACAAGUUCAACGAAGUCCAUGUCAAGGUGUUGAUGGAACACAAGCAUUAGCUGUUACUAAUAAAGGUUUUAUCAUGUGUGAUGGUGAACGUAUGUUCGUUGAAUCAUGUCCAGGUGGUACUGUUUGGGAUGAUCUUAAUAAAGCUUGUGUUUGGCCAGAUAUGCAAACUUUUACUGAUGUUCCAUUUAUUGGUCAAUCAGAAACACAACAAGUUUCAACUAAUAAUCAACAACAAGAAUCAAUAGUUACUUCAACAACACAAAGUAAUCAACUUCAAAUGCCACAACAAACACAAGUUAGACAGGACGAAUCAAGUUCAUCUUUUGUUGAUCAAGCUUCAAUGUCAGAACACCAAACACAAUCUUCAACACCACAACCCGAACAAAUGCAACAAUUUGGAUAUUCACAACAACCGGAACAAAUGCAUCAAUUUGGAUAUUCACAACAACCUGAACAAAUGCAACAAUUUCAACCAUCCCAACAACCAGAUCAAACGCAACAAUUUGGAUAUUCACGACAAUCCGAACAAAUGCAACAAUUUCAAUCACCCCAACAACCAGAUCAAAUGCAACAAUUUGGAUUUUCACGACAACCCGAACAAACGCAACCAUAUCAAUCAUCCCAACAACCAGAUCAAAUGCAACAAUUUCAAUCAUCCCAACAACCAGAUCAAAUGCAAGAAUCUGAAUUGCCACGUCAACCAGAACAAAAACAAGAAUUUCAAUUACCAGAAGAAUAUUCAUUUCCUCAACAAGAAAAGACACAACAAUUUCAAUUAUCACAACAACAACAACAACAACAACAACAACAACAACAACAACAACCCGAACAAAUGCAAGAAUAUCAAUUCUCACUUCCUCAAUCAGAGAAACCACAACAAUCAUCAUUUCCUCAACCAGAAAAAGCACAACAAUUUGGAUUAACACAAGAAUCAGAACAAACCCAACAAUAUCAAAUGCCACAAGAAUAUUCAUAUCCUCAAUUAGAUAAAGGAGAAAAACUUCAAUUAACAAAACAACCUGAACAAAUGCCACAAUAUCAAUUAUCAUAUCCUCAACAAGAAACAACACAACAAUUUCAAUUACCAAAGCAAGCCGAACCAAUGAAAGAAUAUCAAUAUCCAAAAGUAUUUUCAACUCCUCAACGUGAGACAAUGCAACAAUUUCAACUUCCUGAACAACAACAACAACAACCAUCAUCAGCCUAUGGUAGUCAACCACAAUUUCAACGAUUUCAUAAUUGGCAACAACCAUAUCAUGGAUUUCAGACUUGGCAACAACCAAUUCAACGACAAUAA